AUGUCAAAGUAAAAAUGAAAAAAAAAAAAAAUGUCAUAUCAACGUAAUCAGAUGUUGUCAGGAUGUUAACCCCUGAACGCUUGUCAGAAACAAAACACUUGUACACGUGUUGGAUGUUUACGUUCUUAACCUUAGUAUAGCGAAUAGAGUUAUUUAGUUGCUUCUGGGCUAUCUUUUUAACUUCACCACCUUGGUCUUCAUAACAUUUUCCAUGUGCAGGAAUUUUAAUGAAAGUUAGAGAAUUCAGCUAGUUCACUAAGAAUAUAGUGGAGCUCGUCUUAGAUUUAUUAUCAUAGUUUCAGUGGACUUAAAUUUCUUGCCAUGGAAUCCAAACUAGAACAUCAACCAAGUAAAAAAUUUAAAUCUUGCCACUGGAGCCUAGGUUUGAAAGCAUCAAUUCAGGAUCCUAAUCUUUUAGUGGAAUCUGAUGAAUUAAUUACUAUAAUUAAGGAUAAAUAUCCAAAAGCCAGGCAUCAUUACCUUGUGUUACCAAAAGACAAUAUCCCGAAUUUAAAGGCAUUAACAAAGGAUCAUGUUGCUCUGUUAGAGCAUAUGCAUCGAAAGGCUGAGGAUCUCGUUAACAGGAUUGAUAGUCAAAGUAAAUUUAGAAUUGGAUACCAUGCUGUUCCAAGUAUGAGCCAUCUCCAUCUUCAUGUCAUAAGUCAAGAUUUUGAUAGUCCAUGCUUAAAAACCAAAGUUCACUGGAAUUCUUUCACUACACGAUAUUUUAUAGAGUCUAAAGAUAUCAUUAAACAACUCAAAACUGAAGGUUCUGUGCAGUUAGUAGAUCCAGAAACUGCAAAGGAAUUGCUAAAGCAACCUCUAAGAUGCCACAUAUGUCGUAAAGAAUUACCAACCAUUCCAAAGUUAAAAGAUCACGUAUUAGUUCAUGUCAAUAAAAGACUUUGUGACUCAUAAAUUAAUGUAUAGCAUGAUAAAUUACAACUAUUACUGCAACAGUUGUUGAGAAAGCAUGAAGCAUUUAUUUAAUUAAUAAAACCAUUUCUUUUCUGCA